AUGGCGGAGCUGGAAGGCGGCGCCACUGGCGAGCGUGGAGGCUUUGGCCAUGGAAUCGGAGGCUUCAAGGUCUUUGUCGUCGUCGGCGACAGCAAAAGCCACGUCGGACUCGGCGUCAAGUGCAGCAAAGAGGUUGCUACUGCUAUUCGUGGAGCCAUUAUUGUGGCUAAGCUAUGGGUGAUUCCUGUGAGGAGGGGUUACAAGAUCGGAAAGCCCCAAACCAUGCAUUGCAAGGUCACCGGAAAGUGUGGCUUUGUUAUCGUGGGGAUGGUGCCUGCUCCUCGUGGUUUAGGUAUUAUGGUGGCUAGGGUUCCCAAGAAGGUGUUCCAAUUUGCUGGUAUUGGUGAUGUGUUCACUUCAUCCAGGGGGUCUACCAAGACUCUCGAAACUUUGUCAAGGAAAAGCAGAGGGAGAUUGCUGAAAAUGCCAAUGGAAAGUCACCAGUUAAGAAGCAAAGUUCUGGAGAAUUACAAAGGCUUUACCCCACUUCCAUAACAAUUGGCUGUGCAGUCCUCGUUUGAAGUUGCUACUUUGAGCUUGUGUCAUUCUUUGUAUUCAACAAUGGCUGAUGAAGUAGUGACCGCAAAUGAAAAUGGCAAUGACAACAUCCAGCUGAAUCCACAAAUGACUUACCAAGUUGUUGUGGUUGCAACUUGAGAAAUGGGUAUUGGAAAGGAUGGGAAACAGCCUUGGAGACUUCCUUCUGAUCUCAAGUUCUUUAAGGAUGUCAUUGAAACGACAUCAGAUCCCGAAAAAAAAAAAA